AUGCUAAGCAGCUUGACAAUUGUCACGAAGGAUCGGGCCAGUGAAAUAUAUAAGAAAGUAGAAGAUCAAAAACCUCUUAGAGGACGAAAUCAAGAAGCAAUUGUGGCUGCUUGCCUCUACAUUGCUUGCCGACAAGAAAACAAGCCUCGGACUGUGAAAGAAAUUUGUUCUGUUGUCAACGGGGCCACACAGAAAGAAAUUGGCAGGGCAAGAGAGUUCAUUCUAAAACACCUGGAGCUAGAGCUGGGUCAAUCUGUGGAAAUGGGAACUAUACAUGCUGUGGACUAUAUGAGACGUUUUUGUUCCAAUCUUGGAAUGACCAAUCAAGAAGUCAAGGCUGCCCAAGAAAUUGUUCAGAAAUCUGAAGAGCUUGACAUAAGGAGGAGCCCGAUAUCAAUUGCAGCAGCUGUUAUAUACAUUGUAACUCAACUAUCAAAUGAGAAAAAGGCACUCAAAGAUAUCUCACUUGCUACUAGAGUGGCUGAAGGAACAAUCAAGAAUUCUUAUAAGGAUCUUUAUCCUCAUAUCUCACGGCUAAUUCCUAGCUGGUUUGCCAAGGAGGGUGAUCUCAAGAAUCUGUGCAAGUCCUAAACAUGGAUAAGUCUUAUAGCCAUGCUAAAUUGCAGCAGCUGGGUACUGGGUUUUUCAUUUGGAGAUGAAAGUUUUCAGUAGUAUUUUUACUCCCCCUCUUCUUUCAUGUAUAGAUGGAUAGCCUUUUCCCCGAAUCUCUUCUUACCCGAGUCAGCAGCAAGCAUUAAAGCAUUAUUGGACCGUUUUCUGUGGUCCAUGCAUUUAGUUUUCUGAGGUUCAUGCAUUUAGUUUUCUUUACCAAUAUUUUCUUGCUUCUUUUAACAAUGGUCCAUACUUUGCACCAAAAUCAUUAUUUAUAGUUUGGUCUUUAACUA